AUGGUCAACGUACGCGACGUCUCCGCUCCAAGUUUCAUUGAGGCCUACUCUCAACACUUGAAGAGAUCAGGAAAGAUUGAGAUUCCAAACUGGGUUGACAUUGUCAAGACUGGCUCCCACAAGGAGCUUGCACCAUACAACCCAGAUUGGUACUUCGUCCGCGCUGCUGCAGUCGCCCGCCACAUCUACCUCCGUAAAUCCGUCGGUGUUGGCUCACUCGUAAAGUUCCACGGUGGUGCCGUCAACAGAGGCCACCGCCCAUACCACCACAGAGACGCUUCUAGAGGCGUUGACCGUAGAGUCGUGCAAUCCUUGGAGAAGAUUGGUGUCCUCGAGAAGGCCGUUGACGGUGGCAGAAGAAUCUCUCAAGACGGUAUGCGUGAUCUCGAUCGUAUCGCCGCUUCUGUCGUCGAAACCGGCAAUGAAGAGGAGUCUGAAGAGGAGGAAGAUGACGACGAUGAGUAG